AGUAGCCGGUUACAGGCAUACAACAUCACGUAACGAAUCGCAGCGGUUCAGUUGCUCGCUAGUAUUCACAGUGAACGUUUGCUUUGACUUCAGUUAAAAUGGUGUCAACAGUCUUCAAAUUGUUUGUAAAUAUACUAAUAGCAGUGAACAUACAACGCAGUCAAGCAUGUCCACAAGACGAUAUGACAGAAAUAAAGGCGGCCUACAAAUCUGGAGAGAUUUUAGAUCAGAGCCCGCCUCUGAUAACCCUGGACAAGAUCAAGACGAAGCUGAAGGAGAGCGAGAUCUUCGACUGGGAGGACCCCACUCUCACUGAGAGGGAGAAGAAAGAGAUGAAUAAACUGUUCGAUGCUGUUGAGAUUAUGACGGCAUCACGCAAUCGUCAGCCGUCGAGCGUUCAGAACAUGUUCUCAUCACUGCGGCUCGUGGAGAGGGUUGUCAAGAAACAGCUGAAGGAGGGUCAGAUCUCAGAGGCUUUGGCGUCCAAAUUCAACUGGGCGAAUAUCAAACCGUCAGAGCCGAAACAGACCAGUUUACCGUUGGCGCCAAGCGACCAAUAUGAAAAAGUUUAACAACUUUAAACAUUAGUUUUAAAUGUAGUUGUAGGGAACAAUAUUUUUUUAGGAUAAUACUGGACUGAAAACAUUUUGUGAAAGCAAAAAAAUGUUAUUGUCGAUAAGUUCUCUUGUCUGCUUACAAAUGGUUGUAAUUACAAUUGUUUUCAUACAGAAAAAGUCUAAAAUAUGACCGGCUUUUGUCAAAAUCAAAAUAUUGCAAAAUAAUUCCCUGAGAAAUGGUCCCUAUUUCAUGUUUAAAACAUAACCUCGCUUUGGUUUUUAAAUGCUUAAAUAAAAUAAUGCAAAUAACACUAAUUAUAAAUUAAUGCAGUAUAUU